CCAAUUACACAUCCCGCGACCCGCGUACUAUACACAACCGCCGUCGCUCUCCAUCACUCCAUCACUCCAGUCCGAACCGGCUCUAGCGGAGGCAGCAGCGUAACAAAAAACGUGCGUAGGGUUAGUGAUGAUCAACGCGCGUCCGUAUUCAGAGACGCAGUCUGCGCCGCUUACGUAGCCAGCACCGUCGCCGUGAUAGCGGCCACAGCGAGCGGUACCGGGAGCGGAAGUGACGGAGGACAACUAGGAUGAUGAAGGUGAAGAGCGGUCAGACCCGGACGUAUGACCGGGACGGGUACAAGAAGCGGGCAGCGUGUGUGUGCUUUCGGAGCGGAGCCGAGGAUGAAGUGCUGUUAGUGAGCAGCAGCCGUUACCCAGACCGCUGGAUUGUUCCAGGUGGAGGCCUGGAGCCUGAAGAGGAACCCAGCGCAGCAGCUGUUCGCGAAGUUUUUGAAGAGGCUGGAGUUAAAGGCACGUUAGGUCGUCUUUUGGGUGUGUUUGAGAAUUUUGAACGCAAGCACAGAACCUUUGUUUAUGUGUUGACUGUAACGGAGAUCCUGGAAGAUUGGGAGAAUUCAGUCAGUAUUGGACGAAAGCGGCGCUGGUUCAGCAUUGAGGAAGCGAUCCAUGCUUUGCAGGGUUACAAACCAGUGCAGGCAUCCUACUUCCAAAGCCUGAAGAAGAACUGCCACCCUAACAAUGGAGCCAUCCCUCUGCCCAGCCAAAGUGCACUACCUGAUGUCAGAUGACCUACUUUUACCUUAUGGACUCAAUACUUGCCCAUUCUUCUAUGUAGAGAAGCAAAAUCCAGCAGACAGAGCCUCACUCAAAGUGCUGAACUCCAUUGGGCCUCUGACAUUGUGUUCAGCAGAGAUGGAUUGUGCAUGUUGUGAUCUUUCAUUUCCUGUAUGACCCGGACACAUUUAGUUAGUUUUUUUCUGUUACCUUCCUUUUUUCCAAAUACAGUAUCUGUGCCAUGACUCCCUCUACUUUUAGUUUCCAGUCUGACUAUCCAUGUGGUACCACAGAAAUGUUUUUCCUCCCUAAUACCUUUGCACAUAGCCAUACUGUUUUCAGUUCUAUCUCUCACCUGUACUUAAUGUUAAUUUUACUAAUAAGCAUGUACUUAGUGUAUGAAGCUGCAGCCAACAUAACUGCACAAACAAUAAGGGUUAUUCUCCAUAGUGCGUAACAAAAAAAAAAAAAUCAACAUUUACAUUUUUUGGGUGUCAAAUAGUUAUUAGUAUUAUGUAGAAAAAAAACUAACAUGAUAUUACAAAAUUAGCUAUUUAUGAUCAACCAAGCAAAUAUCAGACUAGCCAUAAAUAGUUGGAAUUUAUUGCUGAUUGGAUGCUAAUCAAUAAAUUUACAAAUAAAUAGAUCAAUAUUUUAUUUUACACUUAUUGAACAUAACUUUUAAACAGAUAAGUCAGCAAAGUAAAUGCACUUCACAAAUAUUUAAAUACAGGUUGAGUAUCCCAUAUCCAAAUAUUCAGAAAUACGGAAUAUUCCGAAAUACGGACUUUUUUGACUGAGAGUGAGAUAGUGAAACCUUUGUUUUUUGAUGGCUCAAUGUACACAAACUUUGUUUAAUACACAAAGUUAUUAAAAAUAUUGUAUUAAAUGACCUUCAGGCUUUGUGUAUAAGAUGUAUAUGAAACAUAAAUGAAUUGUGUGAAUGUAGACACACUUUGUUUAAUGCACAAAGUUAUAAAAAAUAUUGGCUAAAAUUACCUUCAGGCUGUGUGUAUAAGGUGUAUAUGAAACAUAAAUGCAUUCUGUGCUUAGCUUUAGGUCCCAUCACCAUGAUAUCUCAUUGUGGUAUGCAAUUAUUCCAAAAUACGGAAAAAUCCCAUAUCCAAAAUACCUCUGGUCCCAAGCAUUUUGGAUAAGGGAGACUCAACCUGUAUAACAUUUUUUUUUGCGUCUAAUCUACUGUAUGGGUAAAAUUAUUUUAUUGUUAGCCGCUUACAUAUAUGGCAUCAAAGUUAAGUGUUUUCUAAAAGGGUUUUAUCCAUAAUUAAAGCACCAUAACUGAAAUACAGAAAAUUAUAUUACAAAAUGAUAACCUGUUACAUUGUCCUCACUGUUCCUUAAUCACCAAAUGGCUGUCUGAAUGGCACUUGGUGAUCACCAGCAUAGCAGCUUAUAUUUCCUGUUUUCCAUCGUUAUUUUCUGGAUAAUAGGAUUCCAGAAUAUAGAUUCCAUAUGUGUAUUUGGUUACACCCAGUCCUCCACAGUCUUUUACAAAUGUGUAAAAUACACCUGUCCUCUAAUCACAGACUUAGCUGUGCCAUGCACCUGUUUUCUUAAAAUCUGCAUCUCAGUCUGUCCUUUAUUCCAAUUCUUUUGCAACAAAGAUACUAAUCCUAUGUACUUAGCACACUAUUAGUGAAUUAAGAGGCAAAUUUCAGCAAAAACUAUGCAAGCUGGGUACAAAGGCAAGAGAAAGACGUCAUAUAUGAAUUACUCGCACCACGCCUCAUUAUACUGGGAUGCGGUCAAUUUACCUACUAUCAAAAUCCCGACGGUCAAAUUCCCGACAACUAGUGACCAACGGUCAAAUUCCCGACAACUAGUGACCAACGGUCAAAUUCCCGACAACUAGUGACCAACGGUCAAAUUCCCAACAUGGACAAAAUACCGACAUUUAAAAUACUGACACGGUCAAAAUACCGACAUUUAAAAUGUCAAAAAGUCGACAUGAGUUUUUCUUUGAAACCGACUUUUUGUACUUUACCAUCCCAGUGGACCUGGAGGGGGAUACAAUAGUGUGCCAAGCACAGUGAGGCACCGUGCCUGAAGCAUGGUGAGCGCAGCGGUACACUUUUAUACGGUGUCCAUGUCGACAUACACACACCAAAAAAUGGGGAAAAAACUUGUGUUGACUUUUUGACCUGUCAACAUUUUAAAUGUGGGUAUUUUGACCUUGUCAGUAUUUUGACCGUCGGUCAAUAGUUGUUGGUAUUUUGACCAUCGGGAUUUUAAUUGUAGGUAUUUCAUACUAAACCCAUCAUACUUGCUGUACUUUAUAAUAAUUCCAUUGCAACAAAAUCUUCUAAUCCUAAAUACUUGGUAACGCCGGAAUUUGCUACCCGUGGUGGAACGUCCAAGUCACGCGAGGCAUCGUGUGCCUUAUGGCACAAAAACAAUAGGUAUAAAAUACACUAUGUAUCAAACCUUAUCAGCAUUGUUGUCGUUUAUACACACUUUUUUGUUCUGCUACUUCGGAGAAUACUAAGCAGAGUGUCGUAUCCAUUUUUUUUUUUUUUUUUUUUUUUUACUUUUU